ACGCCGCCCGCCCGCGGCGCGGGACGAACCGCCGCAGCCGCCCAGCCCGGCCCCGGCCGGCGCUGUCCCUUCGGGCCCGGCCGGGACCAUGGGGCUGAAGAGCAGGACCGGCGGCAGGCGGAGCCAAGUCACUUCCAGAUGUGGUCCAGGAUGUCCAUUUAAAGGACACUGCAGAAAUAAGAGUCAUGCUUUCUGUAUUGACCCCUUUCGACAUCUACCUGGCGAAUACCUGAUCAGAAAUCACAUGGUGUUUCAUUAUAAAAAAAUUAAUUCAGCCAAAGCAGCUGUAGACACUUCAGUGCCCAAAAGUAGGUUGUCUAGCAUCAAACUUGCUGACCAGCUAAGAAGAGAGAAACUGAAAAAGAAAACAGGCAGGAGAGAAGAGAAAACGAAUAUGUGUGAUGCUGUCACUCAGUGCUAUUCAAGCGAUAGCAGAAGGCCGCCGCCACCCUGCUGUAGGAGGACUUCCAUGGACGUAGGACACAGUCUCUUCCCCUGUUCUGGGCAGGCACAGUACCUAUCAAAAGUACCAUGUGCUUGUGGCAAGGAUUGCUGGUUUCACUCCUGUCCAGUAAAACAUAGGAAAUGUUGUCGGCAUACAUCCAGAGCAUCCCACUCAAACUCAAGCACCUGUGUGUCAAGGCCAACAGUUAAACGCACGAUCAUUUCACGCAGUCGCUCUGCUGAGAGUUUGACGACCCCUGGUUCUUCCCAAAGGUGUCCAGGAAACAACCCCAAAGGGAGCUGUGGGGAUCCCAGCAAGAAUUUGGUGUCUGUUGCUUGUUCCCCAAGGUGUCCAGGAAACAUUCCCAAAGCGAGCUGUGGGGAUCCCAGCAAGAGUUUGGUGUCUGUUGCUUGUUCCCCGAGGUGUCCAGGAAUCAACCCCAAAGCGAACUGUGGGGAUCCCACCGAGACUCUUGUGUCCGGUUUUUCCAAGAGGUGUCCAGGAAACAACCCCAAAACAAGCUGCGUGGAUUCCAUUGAGAGUUUCUUGACUGCCGGUUGUGCCCAGAGGUGUCCAGGAAACAACCCCAAAGCGAACUGCGGGGAUCCCAGCAAGAAUUUGGUGUCUGUUGCUUGUUCCCCGAGGUGUCCAGUAAGCAACCCCAAAGCGAGCUGUGGAGAUUCCAUCGAGAGUCUUCUGAACAGUUAUUCCAGGAGGUGUCCAGGAAGCAACCCCAGAGCGAGCUGUGGGGACCUUCUAGAGAGGCACUCUGAAUGCUUCACGAAGAGUGGACUUCCUUUCACUCCACGUACUUUGCUAUCAGAUGCUAAAUCCUGCCUGUCACAGUGCAGGUAUUACACUCCUCCUCGAAAGAAGAAGAAAAACCACCGCAAGCAUGGUGUGGAAGUUGAAACCCAGACUGAUAUGAUCAGCUUUCCAACCUCAGACCAAGUGUAUGAGAGAAAAUGUAUGUCUGAAGAGCAGAAGAUGAAAUCAAAGGCUGAAGAUAAAAGAAAUACUUUGCAUGAGCCUGAGAGAAGAAUAGAUGGUUUUGAAUACCCCUGCCAAAGAAAGACAUCACGGUGUCCUCAGAAGUGUUCAUCAAAGAGUACUGUCAAUGAAGACGAGGAGCUUUUAUAUUUAAGUUUCAUUGAAGAUGUAACAGAUGAAAUUCUUAGAAUUGGGGUAUAUUCUAACAGGGUUCUGAAUCAAGUGUUUGAGAGCCAUAUACAAGCAAAUAAGCACCGCCUUGAUGAGGGCAGAAUGCGCCGGAUGUUGGACGUGCUGAAGUCAGACCUUUGCUGUGGCCAGAAGAGCGAGCCAGAGCUAAAGCGUGAAAGCCAGGGAACCAUGGACCCACGGGAGCUUGAGAAGCCAGAAGAGCUCGAGUGUCCCAGUAAAGGUCACGGGCUGAAGAAAGCUCCAAAAAGGGAAGAACUCUGUGGCAGCAUGGACUUCUCACUAAAGGAACCAAACAAAUGUGGAUCACUGUCAUGGAGCGACAGGUCAGGGGAGACACACAGCAGGGAGGUGUCUUCAGAAGGGACCACAGAAACUCUGGGUGCUGGGACAGAGUGUGAUUUCUGUGGGGUGGAAUUUGAAGAAGACACAGACACUCCACGCACCUUUGCGACAAGUUUACCCUUGACUUCUUGUGACUCUGAUUUGGACGUCAGUAAGGAACUUGCUGAACUUGAGGCAAGCUUAGCACACACCCUUCACAUUGCACGUAACUAUUCAUAACAGUAACCAAAACUUACCUCUUAAAUAGGGAUAGAGCUCCUUCUGUGGUUAGCUGCCAUUUGUCAACCAGUAGUAAAUUGUUGUUAUUUCUCUUUAAAUACUGCUAAGAUCUCUCUAGCAGGAUACCAGCAAUUGGUCAUUAAUCUCUGUGUAAAUUAGACCUUAAAGGAUAAAGUGUCAGUUAUCAGAAGAAUUUUGUAGAUUUUGCCUAGAAUUGUAUAAUUCAAAACAAACUUGAGAAUAUUAAAAUGAUAUUUCUAUUUUUAGAGCUGUAAUUAUAAGUUAUGAAAUUUUAUUGUUUUAAAUAAAUUAAUUGAUAGUGCAAUAGAUAGUGGUCCUGCUAUAAAGAUCUGAGAUUUUGUAGUCUGCAAAAAUUCAACAGCUUAACAUAAAUUUAGCAUCAAACAAUGUCCUCUUCCAGAAUGGACAAACAAGUCCCACAAGAGGAAAAUCUGACUUCUAACAGUUCUAUGUAGAUUAAUGACUGUAGUUUUUUAUUUUCAGUUCUUAACUGAAUGAGACUGCUAAGGUUAAUUUCUUGCACUGAUGAUAGCCAUGGCAUAGCAUUCUGCAUCAAGCUUUGGUUUUGGAAAAGGAUUGAGUUGCUUACUGUUUGAUGACUAGGACUAUCUGGAAGAAGACACAUCAGGCACCUUGUACAGCAAAUGGAAAAGAGGUGUUGUAUGUUCUGGUUAAAGUUUAAAUUGAAGUCAGCACAUGCAUUGCAUGAAAUCAACCCAAAUGUGAUUGUAUAAUAAGAGUACAGCUAUUGCCUGACAUUCUCAUUGCUGCAGAAUGAGUUCAACAGGUUCUGAGGAAAUGCUGGCAAAUUACAUUGUCUUGCUGUAGGUGAGGAACUAGGAGAAGUCUUAGGAACCAGGCUAGAGCCUGUCCCCUGAUAUCUCCUAGGGUCAGUUUUUAACCUUCUUCCUGCAAGGAGAGGCCCAAGUUGUACCAGUUCUUACAUAACAAUUGCCACCACUUGCCUCCUCUGUGCCUCAUGAGCAUCGACCUAAGUCUGUGACUCUGUUGGCCAGAUGACCCAUUGCACCUUCAGGUAGCUCCUAUAGACACAGACCACUGCUUCACUUGUGAAGGAUGAAUUUUUGACAAAAAAGAAAUGUCAAAAAACAGCUAGAGGAAGCCAGUCAGAGAAAAACAUGUCUGGCACAAUCACAGCACUGCCGUGCAGAACACAAUUCCCAAAGAUACCAAAAGGCACUUUCCUGGGUGCCUUGUCCAUAAUAAUAAAUUGCACUUAAAUGACAGGAGACCAGAGUUUAUUUUAGCCAAGUGCUUGUGGCUGGGCAGAUGGGCACCAGCCUUUCAUCUGCCCCACUCGGCUGCCUUGUAAAUCUGGCCUGCAGCAUGAGUACUCUGGCUCACUGAAAAACAGGUGAGAUAAUGUGAGGACUUUUUCAUGCCCCCAUCAGAGCCUGUCUUGUUGAAAAGAUGUGGCCACAGGGCUGAGUCAGUGCAGUGCAGGGAGGGUUUGUCCUCAGUCACAAGCAAUCACAGACCUUCUCCCAUCCUCUAGGAAAGUCCUUCUCUAUUCAGUGCCCCCAGAAAGGGAUGCCUUGGAAAACUGUCAUUUCAACUUUAUGAAGAAUUCUGACACACAGGACUGGUUGGAAAACUAAAGAGUGUGGUUAGAUAUAUCCAAGUAUAAAGCCUCUUUGCUCCUCAGACUUCACGCCAUUCCAAGUUCUCCAUUCUUGGUCAAUAAUGGGAAUUUUGGGGUUUUUUCCCCUACCUGUCUUUACUCUUGUGACUUGUACAUCAUAAAAAAUGUCACUCGGCUUCUUGUCAACAUGAGUCUGAUUAAAGAUUAAUAAGAAUUUCACCUGCAAAUUCUGUAAAUGAAAAAAUACUGUAAGAAAACACCACAGUAGUGAACCUCACAGAAAAGCACAAGUAAUGACAUAUUAAUUUCCUGUAAUACAUGUAACACAAAAAUAAAUAAAAACAGCUCCUUGGCCAUAUUUCCUGUU